AUAUAUCUGUGCCGAUUAAUUUUAAAAGGCAAUAGAAAGUUAAUGGACAUGUUUGAUCCUGUUUUAUGGUAUUAUUAUGCACACGUUUAUAGGUUGAUAAGGAAACAAACGUCAUACUUCAAGUACUGCGUAAGUAAUCUGGUAUCAAUUUACAACAGCGUUCGAGGAACCUGUUUGGAAUUCACCUGUGUUCUCAUGACCCAAGGAACUGUAAACUUUCAGUUUAUGACAGCCAUUCGGAAGUGUAACAUUCUGUGCGUGUAGUCGAACUGACGCAAGUACUAUCGUCAGAAACACCACGCAAGUUACGUUGUCUUAACACGCUGACUCAUUAAAACGCAGGUUCCUAUCCCUUACAGAUGUCCAACAGUACAGAUCUAGGAAAUAUAAUUCCAAAAAGUCAAGCCUCAGGACCACGCCCCAGUAAAAAGAAAAACAAUGGAGGAGGGGUAGGAACAGUGUCCCUCGAAAUGUCCUACCCCUUUAUGGUCAACCUCCGAAUCAGCAAGGAGAUAAAUGAAACUUGCUCCAUGAUCGACCUGCUCAAUACACAGCUCACAAAGACAAGGCUACAGCAGAGUGAAAGAAUUGAGCAAACUCUUCUUUGUCAAUGUUUAGACGUUUGCAAAAGAUAUGAAACUAAAGAUAGCAACAAGCACACUCUUAAAACUCAAACGUUCUCUUUGGCCUUGUUCACAAAUGAAUUGGUGAACAAAAAUGUUGAUCCGAAUGAGCCUUUGUCUUAUUUUGACUGGGAUAAGGUUGCAUCCUUAGAAAUAGUUAGGUGUCAACCUGAUGCAAGUAUUCCUAAGAAACAGGAGAAUUAUGACGAUUUGAACAAGCGCCAACAGCAUCGACGACGGACACUUAUCAAGCAACAAUCCAAGAAGAGUCUGUCUUUUCUCACCCAGUAUCAACUGGUCCCCAAAGCCAUCAUCAGUACUUCGUCCUGUGGACAAGAGGUUCAAAUCAACUUUGAAAAUAAAGGUGAUAAAUCGUCGGGGUCUACGUGUGAUAGCCUCCGCUCUCUCGUCGGUGUCAUGGACAGGUUUUGUGUAAGCGAGGCUGCCUAUCAUGAAAUUACACAGUUAUAUCCAAAUCUACCACGCACUCAUUCCGUGAUAAAUACCCGUCGAGAAAUGACUGCCACUCUCGCCAUCAGUCGAGUGCCAGGAGAAGUUAAUGGAGCGAUGGUUAGCUUCAGACAGGAACUAGAUAAAAGGUUGAAGGAAAAAAUACUUGAAAACCCAAAUCUGAAGGAAGUCAUGGUUCAAUUAAGCAGUGAUGGAACCCAUGUAAGUCGCAUAUCGAACUACGUAAUAUUUGCCUUUCGGUUGGUAGACGCAACGUACACGGAUAAUCACAGUGCUGAUAACGUCAUAACUCUGGCUAUCUUAAACUGCAGAGAAGAUUAUUUCAAACUCAAAACUUCAUUACAGCCUCUAUGCGAAGAAAUUAACUCAGUCAUUGAAGCAGGGCGAGUUCAUAUUGAUGACAAGGAGAUAGCAGUUAAUAUUGUGUUCUGUGCUGACAUGAAGAUGAUCCUCACAAUGAUGGGGCUUGGGGGAGUCUCUUGCAAUCAUUCCUGUCCUUGGUGCUUAGUGCAUAGGGAUGACAGGCACAACAUGACACACCCAUUGGACUACUUCAACAGCGACAACAUGAUGAGGAACUGGCAAAGAGUAACAGAACAUGCUGUAAAACGCGAGUAUGGGGUCCAUCAUACUCCUUUCCUGAAAAUAGAGAUGGAGGACUUUAUUCUGGAUGAGCUGCAUCUCCUGCUCCGGAUUACGGACGUCUUGGAGAAGAACCUGAUAAAUGAUGCAAUGACUCGAGAUAAAGAGCGUGCAGCAGUGAAGGAGAACCCUAAACAUAUGGGUGAACUUGUAAAGGCUAUCAAAUCCUGUGGGGUGCCAUUUUCUUAUUGGGAGGAAAAGGAAACAAAGAAACUGAAAUGGACAAGUUUGAAUGGGCUGGAAAAAAGAAAACUUCUGUCUAAACUUCCACAAGCAUUGAAAGGGAAGCUUCAAUCAAACACUGAGGAGAAAGUCCUAAGCUUGUGGAAGCUGUUAGACGAUAUCUACAGCACCAUUACCGCCUCUGAGCCCAUGAGAGCAGAAGAAGUCUUCAAGUUAUCACAAACUUGGGUAGAAACGUUCUUGUCACUUGGCCCUCACUUAUCAGGAUACACUGAAAAGAACGUAACCCCUUAUGUUCAUUGCAUGGUGUACCACGUACCGUUUAUGCUACGAAAAUUUGGUACAUUGAGAAAAUUCAGCUGCCAAGCAUUUGAGAAGCACAAUGAUGUUGUCAAGAAAAUACAUCAGCGGAAAUCUAACAAGUGGGACCCCACCGUGGAGGCCCUACAGAUCUGCAAACGCAUGGAAGAAAGUUCCAAGUCCAAAAGAGACAAGCGACAAUACACCAAGCGCAGACCUAAAUACUGGAAUGAGGAGAUACGUGAAGUUCGAAGCGCAAAGCGAGCAAAACUGGAUGAAAUAAACAGUCAAGCGGUUCAACCUGCUGAUCCGUGAGCAUAACUGUUCCCAAUUUAAGAGACUAUAUUCAAGAAAUGGGCGUCAAAACUAAGGCAAAAAGUCGUGAAGGACUGCUGAAAGAGGAUUCGUGAUCGUGACAACUUUGUUCCUUUCACUUCAAAUGAACUGUUUUAAUGAAUAGGAAUAUUUUAGAGUCUGUAAAGAAACUGUGUUACUUUGUACUUAACAUGUCAAAUCUCGUUUUGAGUUUCCACGACUAACCGUUUUGAAAAACUCAACUUAAUCAUUUCUAUGGAUGUAUUGGUGAUUCAGGUGUACCUUUGUUACGCCUUGUCAUACGUGGUUCAGUUACAAACCUGUUUAGUACAACGUCAUUUGUAAGCAGGUUCAAUAUCUCAUUUUACAACUCGUCUACUUCAAGUAAUCUGAAACUGAUUCCUCGGGAAUUAGUUAUCACGUUAUACACGUCGUGGGGCUGGCCUUGGGGAAUGUUAUGAUAACGAUUCAUCGUGACACUGUGUAUGUGUCAUCACGCUCGGUUACCCGCUAUGACAGUGAUGUGAUGUCAU